AUGUCCAACCCAGGCCCCUCAGGCAAAGAGGUUCUCCUCGACGCCAUAGCCCAGAACCUCGGCGAAGAAGCCAUCCAAGCCAUCCAACCCCAGAAUGUCAAUGAACCCACAGACCAAGAUGCUUCCAAAUCCCACCGCAAAGCUCCCGUAUGCAUGACGCAGAGUGCUCUUCCACGAGGCUGGAACCAGGGCGGUAUUUCUGACAUCGUCGUCGGUUUCAACAGGGAAGUGCCGCGCUGGCAGCCUGGCUCUGUUGUCAAGUGGGCUGCUUGGCGUGCGGGUUUCCAGAGUCAAGAUGAUGCGGAUUAUGCGGCCAUGCAACUUGCGCAGGCUGCCGAGGUGUGGAAUAAUGCCGACAUCGGUGUGACCUUUGAAUGGGUUCCUCUUGCGAAAGAUGCUACUUUUGUGCUCUACCACGGCGGCGACGGCGCCGGUGUUCUUGCGCGAGCCUUCUUCCCCAACAACGAUGACCUUAGCGCUCUAGUUGUCUUCUCCGAUGCUUUUUCGUCAGACUGGAAGCCCUCUAUGCACAACGUCUUUACUCAUGAGUUGGGUCAUGUUCUUGGUCUGCGACAUGAGUUUGCUAUUGAAGGUCUUCCGGAACUUGGGCUCAGGCCUGAAGGCGCUGGUGCUGUGCAGCUGGGACCGCGGAACCCGAAGUCUGUCAUGAAUUAUUCUCCUGACCCGCCGGAGAUGCAGCAGUCGGAUAUUGAUUCGACCAGGAUGUUUUAUGGGUUGAAGGCUGAUGCUAAUGGAAAGCCGCCCAAGGUUGGUGGGACUGAGGUCAAGGACUAUAUCCCGCAGUGA